CAUCCGGGAUACUUACAUACCGGCAGGGAAGCGCCAUCUUGGAGGGAGAGUUGUAAUUUUCCUCCGUGUUUUGCCCCAAAUUUUGGGGUAAUAAGCGUGUAAUUGGGGGACAAUUCACCCCCAGUUACUUCUUCGCAUUCUUUUCCUUCCUACCCCGUUGAAUUUAUUAUUCAACUGCUCUUCUGCAUUGGAGAGAAGUUGUUUUCUUUUGGGUAUCUAGGUUGAGUCAAGAUGAAGCUGUAAAAAGAUGAAGUCGAGUGCUGGUCGAGUCUCUCCAACAUUUGGAGCGGCGUUUUUGCCCAAGUCGUUCAUUGUCCAUGGUAGAUACUCCGGAACAAAUGGAAAGAAAGUCUUCUGGUCGUUCUCCGUCUGCAGGGCCCACCAAGGGGCAAUCGCAGGAUGGGAAUAAGAGUGGAAAACAAGAGAAUGGCAAAGGCCGAGGAAAUACAGGCCCCAAAUACGACAGGAAGAGAGAACCAAACUAUGGCAGCCGACCGCGACCCGGCGGUCUGGGCCAGGGGAGGCGGCCUCAGACACAGAAGACUAAGCCAUUUGACAGGUCCUUUGACAAGCGCCCACGGUCCAGAUGCAAUACUAGUGAUUACAAUCCCGGGAGAUGUGACGAGGUAGCGAAGGAGAGCGAGGCUGAGGUGGGCUCAGCCUUGCAGAAGGGUUCUCGGAAGAUGAACCUGAACCAUUUACUCAACUUCACUUACGAACGGAGGGAGAAUGCCUCUCAGUACGGAGGGGGGCAGCACACCUCCUGGAAGAGCAGAAACAAGUGGGGACGCAAAGGAAGGGCCACACACCCCUUCAAUAAGGAGCAGUUUCUUCAGUCAAACUGCCAGUUUGUGGUGCGUGAUACCGGGGACUACACUGUGCACUCUGCAGACCCAGACACUCUAGUAGACUGGAGCAGCAUUGAACAAGUGCGCCUGUUCAGUAAUGAGGUGCCCUCGUGUCCCAUCUGCCUGUACCCGCCCACUGCGGCUAAGAUCACCCGCUGUGGCCACAUCUACUGCUGGCCCUGUAUCCUACAUUACCUGGCACUGUCCGACAAGUCCUGGAGGAAGUGUCCGAUCUGCUACGACGCUGUCCACAAGGCAGACCUCAAAAGUGUGGUUGCGAUGGCAGCUCCCCAGUAUGCUGUUGGUGGCACCAUCACCAUGCGGCUGAUGAAACGUGAACGUGGGUCUGUCGUGGCACUGCCUGUGUCUCAGUGGAAACAGCAGGCAGACAAAGGAACUCAACCUUUCAACAUAGAUGAUGAAGUGGACACUCGCUUUGUGAAACUCCUGGUUGCCUCCAGUGACCAGGUACACAAACAGAUCAUUGGUCCUGAGAAGGCCAUGUUACAGGAUCAACUGGAAAAGGAGAAGGAUUGCCCAGAAGCUUGCUUCAUUGAGGCAGCCCUGAAGAGUCUGACUGAACGGGAAGAGAAGAUUGUCACAGAGACACAGGUGGGCCAGCUGGCAGCUGCAGCUGCUGGGCUGAGCACAGAGGAGGGAGGGCAGGUGGAGGACAGCCAGGAGGACAAACCUCCAGAGAACACCUGGCAGGCCACCAAGCCUACAGUGGAGUAUGCAUCAGCCUUCUCCGAUGAAGAGAUGGAGAAUCCUGAUCUUGCGGAGGCUCCACUCUCUCCCAUCGCUGUCGAAGGUGUCUUGGAGCCAGCUGGGGAAGCUCCACUGUCCCCCACUGCUGUUGAAGGCAUCUUAAAUCCAGCAGAAGAACCUACAGCCCUCUCUGAGUUUCAGAACCAAGACGUUUUGGACCAGAGUGUUAAUGAGAAAGAAGAGUCAGAAGAAAUUACGGCCAGCUCCGAUGCCCCCUCUUGUCAGGGAGCAACAGCUGGUCAUGAGGCAACCAGCCUCCCUUAUGGGGCCAAGAACUUCUUUUAUUUCUACCAAGCUGACGAUGGCCAGCACUUAUACCUUUACUCUCUGAACAUCAAGUGCCUUGUCAAGGAGUAUGGAAGUCUGGAGAACUGCCCUGAAAUAAUCAGUGGCAAGAUUGUGGAGAUAGACCAAGAAUUCACCACAGAAGAUGUGCGCAGACGUCUGCGUUACCUGAGCCACCUGCCGCUGACCUGUGAGUUCAGUGUGUGCGAGCUGGCUCUCAAACCUCCGCUGGUGUCCCGGGCAACUCUGCGCUUUUUUGAUGAUGAAAUUCAGAAGAGGAAGCAGGCUCGGGCCAAGAGGCACCGUCAGGAGCAGCGGCGAGACCGCAGGAUCUCUGAGGAGGAGUCCAAGAAGAUGCUGGGAAAAUACCCUGACCUGCGAUCUGCCCUGGAGAGCAGACAUGAGUUCCCAGAGUGGCGGAACCCCCUGUACCCACAGAACCGGGAACCCGAGCUGUCUCAGAGCCCUGGGUCCGCAUCCUCUUCUUCUGUCCAGACUCCUAUAGGAUCACCAGGUUCGAACUUGAACCCUGCUGCAGUGGAGUUUGUGCCAGGAGCAGCAGGUGCUGCAGCUGCAGCUGAAGCAGCACCCGAGGACACAUCGCCAUUCUACCCACCACCUCCAUCAUUCGCUCAGAUGUUGAGGUCAGGCCAAGCUAAGCCAGAGGUUUGGCCACGAGCAGCAGUAGCCAAGGAACAAAAAGUUGAACCAGUCCGUAAGUCUCGCAGCAGUGCAGACAGCGAGGACGAUGAGCCGGGCGAGGACUGGGUUCCCGCGCCGACAUACCAGAACUCCUUCAGCGAGGCCAUCGCACAGGCUCUAGGCAACCUAGACGGAUCUGCAGAAGCAUCAACUGAAGCCCAGACAUCAGGAGGAAAGAAGAAGAAGAACAAAAAUAAAAAGAAGCUGUUAUUCUCCACCUCUGUCAUCCACUACAAGUGACGUGUUGCAUGGUGCCAGUGUUGACGUGACCAGUCAUGCCGCAAAUGUUAGUCAUCGCAACAAAUGAGAAGUAAAAAAAGUAAAACGCAAAUACAGCAGGAAGCUGUGUGUUCUGUACAUGUAUGACUUACCAUGCUUGGUCGGUAGGCACAAGAAAAGUUAAACUUGAAACCUGCAAAUGAUUUAUUGAUUGAUUGCAAAGCAAAGCAAGCUCCAAAGCCGUUCAUGCAAGUCAGUUGAAACAAUUUAUGUGUUCACUUCAAAUUUGGAAAGAAAAGAGUCUGAAGUGAAAAUGAAUUUACUUGAAGCAAGUGCAAUGGCAAACAGAAGCCUCCUUUAAUAUGGAAAGCUCUUCAAAUAGUACUGUACUAUAAAAGUCAAAAGUGAGAAUGAUGGAGCUAUUACAUAGUGUGGUGUGGAGUUGUAGGAAAUUGAAGAGAAAAAAAAAGAAUUACGGAAUAAAUUUGAAGUGACAAGAGUUAUCUGAUUGUUCUGUUGGUUGCUUAUCUUGAUGUAGAUAGGUUCGUGUAGAUAAAAAUCACUGCUUCCAAAUUUCCCAGACAUAUCAUUCUCACUACGACGAUAACAGU